UCGGGUCGUUCGGGUUCGGUUCGGGUCCCCCUCGGACUGCUCCGGUGGCGUUCGGGUUCGGUUGGUGGUGGUCGGUGUCGUCGUCGUCUGUCAGUGUCAGUAUUGGAUCGCCCUCCCCGCGCGCGAGUCGAGCGGAGCCGCGAGGACGUCGUGCUCGUCCUGCAGCCGGUGCGAUCCGCGGUGCGUCUUGUCACGUCCGACGCCGCCGGUCCGAUCAUGCUCGACGUUCGCGAUGGAGAUGUGUUCCUGGAGGCUCAACCCCGGACCCGGCGACGUCCCGGCCUCUCGGCACCACAGUGACGCAACUGCAGCGGCCUCAGGGACUAGUCGCAGACGUCGCGGACGUCGCGGCCAUGGCCUCCAACAGCAACAUCGUCGUGGAGUGGCUACGGUCCUUGCACUUGGGGCAGUACGCCGAGUCCUUCCUGGACAACGGCUAUGACGACCUGGAGAUAUGCAAGCAGGUGGGCGACCCGGACCUGGACGCCAUCGGGGUGUUCAACCAGGCGCACCGCGGCCGCCUGCUGGGCUCGGUGCGGGCCCUGCGCGAGGAGGGAGCGGCCUCGGUGUACUUCUCCUUGGAGGAGACGGCCGCUGCCGCGCUCAACAUGGCCUUCAACGACGACCUGGAGACGGGCAGCGGCGUGUCGUCCAGGAACUCGUCGACGACCGGACGACCUGCCUCCGAGUCUGACAGGGAGGGGAACGCCGGCUGCGGCAGACCCGGACCAGGGUCAGGGUCGGGGUCCGCGUCGGGGGCGCACUCCAGAGCAGCCCAUACAGGCCCUCAGGGACACAGCCCUGCACCAUCCAGUGCUGGCAGCAACCAUGAACUAGGCAAAUACCUGGACGAGUACGAAGAAGGCAAGGCAGAGCUUGUACGUUUACCAAGAUCGUUGCUGAGGAAGUUGCUCAGGGAGAAGCUGGUCCAGGAUGGCAUCCGCCUCUGUCAUCAGCCUUAUUCCACUUCGGACGGGGAGCGCGGCUACCUGGACGGGCUGGCCUCGCGCUACGCGGACCUCUACCGGACGCACUACGCCGACGUCCUGGAGCACCUGGAGCAGCUGCGGCGCCGCGAGUGGGCCGACAUGUCGCCGCGGAUCCGCGUCCUGGGCAUGGAGUCCCCGACCACGCCCACCUCGCAGCCCAUCUACGUGCCCGGGAAGUACUCGCCCUCGUCCUGCCUGAGUGACCGGGAGGAGGACGAGAUCUAUGGCCUGACUGGCGCGGGCCGCCCGCCCGCCGCGCCACCCUCCACGUACCAGGCAUGCCUGAGUCCUCGAGCCGCCUACUUCUACGAACUUCCGCCAAACGAGGCGGCACGUGGCAAGAAGCGCACCGCUCUGUCGCGUCUGCUGCGCGGGCUCAAGAGCAAGGGGCGGACGGCGCGCCGGGGGCCCGGGGGCCACGCCGGCCACGCCACCCUGGGCCACCACGGCACGCUGGGGCCGCACCACCAGGGCCACGCCACCCUGGGGCACCACCACCAGGGCCACCCGGGGCUCACGCUGCAGCACUGCUCGCCCCGCCAGCACCGCGCGCACCAGAUCUACGCCAGGGUGACGACGCCGGACGGGGACGCCGCGCUGGUGCCGCAGUUCCUUGACCUCCGGGAGUACGACAGGCUGCUUCAUCUGAACGGCGGUGGCGUCGGGGGCGUCGGGGGCGGUGGGGCGGCGGGGGCGGGCGCCGCCGGGCCCAGGGGGCCCCAGGCGGACUUUGAAGAGACCAUUCACAGGCUUAAACUGCAAGAUGCUAUCCGCCAGAAGGAGCGGUAUCAUCGAGAACACGAGGAGAUACUACGAGACAUCCGUCAAGGAUUGCUGAGACUGGAUCCCCAAACCCGACUUGCAGACGACACCUACAUGUACGACACGGAGCUGAUGGCGGCCACGGCGGGCGCCCCCGGGGCGGGCCCCUCGGGUGGGCACCAGGCCGGGCACCAGGGCGGCGGGCAGCUCGGCGCGGGGCCCCCGCCUCAGGGGGGCCUCCAGGGCCACCAGGGCCACCAGGCCGGGCCUCUGCACCUGGGCCACUGGUACGACGAGCCGCCCUACGAGAGCGAUCCAGAGGACUUCCUGAUGGGCGUGAUCCCCGGGACGGCCGCGGGGGGCGUCAUCCCCAACGGAAGGACCUGCCUGACGCUGAACCUGCGCCCCACCGCCCUGGACGAGGCCGUGAUCAGUCUCCGAAGCGCGGGCGACAUCUCCCUGGGAGGGACGGCGGCGCCCGCUGCGGGCCACGUCCCCGGCAUGCGCCUGGUCAGCCUGCAGCGGCGCGGCCGCGGCCGGGGCCGGGCCCGCGGGCAAGCGCAGGGCCUCCAGGGACGGGACCGGAGCAGGGGCCGGCCGGGGCCCGGGCCGGCGCAGCACGACCAGCGCGGGAGCUGCUCCGACGUGCACAAUAUGAGUUCCCAUCUGUCGGCCAUGUCUAUCGGAUACCACUGGGAUCAACAGCAGUUGGCUGCAAUCAAGAAGCAUCAGUACCGAUGUCGUAGUAGCCAGAGCGAAGGGACCCUCAGUCCUUGCAGAAGUCCUGACUUGGUUGAAACCCAAACUGAGUCACAACCACGCAGUAUCUCACUUGUGGGACGGAUGAAGGGCCUACGACAAGAUGUUCAACGGAAGAUAUCCAGACUGAGGGGCUUGACAGGUUCUAGUAACAACAGCAGUAAUCCAUCGUGCUACAGGGGAUGCGACCAGUCAGAACAAGCAAUUCCAAUGGAGCACCUCCCAGCAGCCAGUUCAAUGGAGAGUUUGCCGUCAGGUUCAGGAUCGAGUACUCAAGCCUUGGUUCGAGAUGGUAGCAAUGAGAGCUCCCUGUCUCCAAUUGCAAGUCAUGAUGUGUACCAUACAAUAGGUAGAGCUCGGGCUCUUGUUGACUACAACCCCAGCCCAUAUGAUAGAGAUGCCCUUAAAUUUAAGAAAGGUGAUAUUCUCGAAAUACUCGCUAUGAGUCCAAGCGGCAUGUGGCGAGGGCGUCUCAAUGGAAAUAUUGGUUUCUUCAAAUUUAUUAAUGUUGAAGUAAUACCGGGUAGUGUGAUGCUCACUCAGCAGUCCUCUCGAGGGCAUCUCAAGGGUAGACCACAUUCUGUUGAAGAGCUUCUCAGAAGAGUAAACUUAGAGGAAUGUACCUCUGUGUUCAUUCUUAAUGGGUAUGAGGACAUAGAAUCAUUCAAGGAUCUACGAGAAGAAGACUUGGAUUAUUUGGGAAUCAAAUCGACUGAAACUCGUGCCAAAAUACGAGCUGCUAUUCGGCUUCUCCAUGACUAUGAUUGCACAGCAACCGAUAAUAGCAAUGGCGAGUCUGACUCUGGGGGAGAGGAUGACGACGACGACGAUGUCGAUGACGGCGAGGAGGAGUACGACAGCUCUUCCGGGUCGGACCUCGGCCUGGGCAGGGCGCCGCAGCCGCUGCCGCUCUCUGGCAAGUUCCCGCCCGGGCUGUUGGACCAGCAUGGGGCGGGCGCGAGCAGGGCGCCGCGGGUGUGCGCCAGGGCGGUCCCCAAAGGCCGCCGGAGCAGCCCGCCGGCCCCCGCCCCGGCCGCCGCCAGCUACCACCCCAACAUCCCCGUCCCGGGGGCCGGCGCCACCAGCGCGUCCAUCGACUCGUACGUGGUGGCGCGCAAGGGCGGCAAGUGCGUCACCGUGGAGGCGGCGCCCCGCACCCCGGGCCCCCCGGUGCUGCCGCGCACCGGUUCAACGUCAUCCUCGUCCUCGUCGGCGCGGCGCGCGAGGCCCUUGCCCUCCCCGGGCGCCACCCCACCCGCGCCGCUGGAAGGGUCCCCGACGGCCGCCGCCGCCGCCCAGGACGCCGCCGAUCAGCGUUUCGCGGCCAAGGGACCUCCCGUUGACGGGGACGGGCCGGCCGGCGUGCUCAAGGACGGUGACGGCUCGGACAGCUGCGACGGCGCCCAUGCUGGCAGCCUACCCGCGGACCAGCAGGCGCACGGCCUCCACCCGUCGGCCCUCAACGGACUCCACCCGGGAGCCGAGCAGGCGGCGCCCAGCAGCGUGUCUGGGGUCGUGGGCGUCCACAUCACUAACGCCAGCGUCAGCGAGCGGUCCAGCGACUCGGGCGUCAGCUCCAGCUCCAGCCAACCGUCUUCCAGGGAGAGCGACGGGCGCAGGGGCUGCAGCAGGAGCGCGCCCGUGAGGCAUCCUCAAACAAACUGUUAAUGCAAAGAAAAUUUUAAAGUUUGACUACCUUAAAACAUUAGUUUUGUUUUGUUAUUGUUUUCUUUUUUUUGGUUGUUUUUAGAGUAAUGGAGGUAACCAUCUGCUCUAAUAAUAGGGUCCACAUGGGAACUUUUUUAGGUGUAAAUCUGCGAUUUGGAUAAAGCUCAUGCAUCCUGUUGUUUAUUUAUGUUUAAAUCUUUCAAUUGAAGUUUUACACCUGAAAAGGGCAUUUCCGUGUAAGCAAAUAGAACAUUCCUUUCCUCUGCCAAUUUGUGCUUUAUUUAUUCAAUACAAUUAUGUCAAGUAGGUGAAAUCUGUGAUAUAUUUUGAUAAGUUCUAGACACAUUUCUAUGAUCAUGUUAAUGUUUAGUUUACCACCAAACUGGAAGUUGUCUUGUUUUUGAGUUAAGUACAUAUAUUGUACAGCCAUAUAUACAUAGCACUAUUGUCUUUGGUAGAUAUUUUAUCCUUAAUUUGUUGGGCUAGAGCUUCAACCAUUUUUUUUUCAUAUGAUUAAUAUUUGUUAGUUAGUGAAAUAUUAUCAAUGGAACAUUUGCACACUCGCUAAGCUUAAUAAAAUUUUAAAAGUACGUACAUUGGAGAAUAUCUGACAACAUUUAAGAAUAUUUGGCUCAUUGUAUGUUCCAUAGCUUUCGUUCAAACUGUAGAAUCUUUUAAGUGACUCUCUUCCAUUUCCUGCAGCUUCUAGAUUUUACAACUUGCUCAGUUCUCUUUUCAUUUUUUAGUCACAUAAUUCUUUGCAAGUAUUCAGGAAUUCUGUAGGUCCUUUUAGGUGACUUUUUUCCAGUACUACUAAUCGUGUAAUAUCACAAAGUUCACAAUAUUUGUUCACAUUGUCAUCUGGAAAUACUGCAUUUGAUUGUGGUUUUUGUUUUUGUUUUUUUAUGUACGGAGCGUAACAGUUUGUAUUUUUAUUCCACCCUAGUCAUUUACUUUUUUUCCUAUGAAACGUUAGUAGACUUUGUGCACCAUUGCAGUUAUUGGGUGAUGUAUUGUGUGGUGUUAAAAAGGCUGUAGUUGGAGUGAGGAAUGGCUGAGUUUAAAGUUUACUUCUAUGUAUUUAAAAAGAUUUGUUUUUAUUCAUUCCAGCUGUAAGAUUGCCAUAUCACAGCACAGCCUCAUUUUAGGUACCUAUUCACUUGAGUGAAAUUCUAAUAUGGUAAAUGAUUACAUGUAUGUACUCAGAAGGCUCUCAGGUUUGAGAAAAGAGUAUUAGUGACUGAUGCUUCAUUAUCUAAUUUAAUUUUACAUGCAUUUUAUGCAGUCAAGUUUAGAAAACUACAGUAAUUCUAACAUAGUAAAUUGACAAAUGUAGUGAAAGGAGUUUUGUUUUUGUUUUCUUCUCUUUUUUAUCACUUUCUAUUUUCAUUUUCCUCUUGAGAUCUUUUAGUUUGUAUUAAAAGUGCCAAAUAUUUUGAUGCAUACUUUUCCUCUAACAUGAUUUGUUAUUUUCAGCAAUAAGAACUGUUUAAUGUGACUUGAUGCCAAAUCAGUAGUACAUCUGUUUUUUGUCAUUCAAUUGUAGAGUCCAUAUGUGAAGAAUUUUGAAAAGUAGUGCAAGUUCUGAAUUUCUGUAACUUGAAAAUUUGAGAAUGCAAUGUUAGAAUCUCAUUUAAAACAAAGUCGUUUUGAAUGUCAUGUAUGACUCAUGAAGGUGUGAAAGUUUUGAAUUUCCUUUUGAUUUUGUUUCUAUUGUCUUUUUACAAUUGUGGCAAGCACCUGUUGAAGCCAAGAAAGUAUGCAAUAACUGAAUUAAAAGUGCAGAGAACUCA